CUUCAUCCUCUCAUCUGUCAAAAUUUAUCACGAACGUCAAAAUCAGUCUAUGUUUAUUUUUUACUAAAAAUAAUAUAAAACGCGUUCCUACAUGGCUUUAUCGUUGUUAACAUUAAAAUUUAAACUUUCAGUUCGCAAAUAAAAAUAUCCCCAAAGAAAAAUGUCCGUAGAGUCCGAAGAAAUCUCUGCGCAUAUUGAUAGUGUUGACGUCGAUAUUUCGUCUACAGAAAAGGCUUUUGUGUGCGAAAUAACUAGUGAUUCAGGUGUUGAUACCCUCGAGUCGUAUUCUGCAGCGUACCCUGGUUCAUCUGACUCCGAUCUGUCGCCAGUGAAACAGCCUGAUAAUGUUUUGCCAAGUAACGAAAUCGGGUCGUGUCCUACUGAUGGAAUUGAAAGUGAGUCUUCAUUAUCAAGUCCUUUCUCCAUUUCUCCGGAUAGCAACGAUCUGUCUGACAAUGCUUUGUGUGGCAAAGAGUUCUCGUUGACCAAAGCCGAGGAUAUCGACAGUAAUUUCACCAAAGAUGUUAAUAAUGAACUUCUUUUAGACAUCAAUCAAAUAACAGCUUCUGUACCUGAUUCUAAAGCUAAAAAUGAGGCUGAAGUCACGCCAAGUUAUCAGUUUACCGGCACAGACAUCAACAAUGUCAGUAACAGAGAAUUCACUACGUCUACCGUAAGUUUGAAUGACCAGAACACUUUUUCCAAUAAUGUAGCUAUUUGUAAGUCUCCAUACAGCAGGAGUGCGGAAAACAUAUCCACGAUUGAACCAAAUCCAAGCGAUAAGUCGAGUAGUAACAAAGAUAUUAACGCUGAUCAGAUUCUAUCGGACUUUACAAGUCAGAAGAGUAAAGUUUUAGCUACUCAGAAAAUUCCGGAAAAUCCUCACAAUCCUGACUACCGGUACGCCAGAUUGCCUAAAGAACUAAUCCCUCAAGACUUAGGAAGCAUAGUUAAGAACGUACACGGAAUAUUUUCCACUGUAAGUGGGAGUUUGAAGAAUGCAUACAAUAAUACACACAGGAUGUCAAUGCAGAAAGCUCCGGUUAGGCCUAUAUCAAAACCGAUUCCGAAUGGAAAGGUGAUGAAUGAUAUAUUCGAAGAUGAAAUCGUGGAAGAAAAGCCUCCAAAACUUAACGGUAUGAAUAAAACAGAAGGUAGUUCGGAGUCACUGCUUAAUAUUGGUUCAGAUACAAAAUCGGAACACGAUACAGAAUUGGAGAGUGAUUCAAAGAAAGACGUACUGAAACUUCAAGUGGAAACGUUAGAGAGGUUGCUGGCGGAACAGAGAAAGGAGAAUGGGACUCUUAGGGAGAGAGUGAAACAGCAGAUGGACGAAUUGCAAGACAAAGAUCAGACGUUCAAGGAAUUGGAAGCUAAAUUAGAUGCUAUGGGCAAACGCGUAGAACUAGCGGAGCGCGAAAAAGACGCUGCGGUUAUGCGCUACGCGAGCGUAGAAUGCGCGGGCAUCGAAGCGAGGCGAGCGGCCGACCGAGCGGCGGCGGCGGAGAAGGCAGCGAAGACUGAGGCUGACUUGCUGAAUAACAAGCUGAAGUCGGCCCAUAGCGAGAAGCAGAGGAUAUGCCAGCUGUACGAUGAUAAGUGCCACGAGCUAUCAAACAGCGAGCGCGAGGCGGCGAAACUCCGCGAAGACAUCAAGGAGUUGGAGGGCCGUCUCAAGUGGACGCAGAGCAAGCUUCGAAUGGAGAUGGACGCCUACAAGGAUAGCGCCGAACGCGUUGAGAAGUUGACCCAGCAAGUUAGUGAGCUAGAAGCGGCGAAAGACGCAGCCGCUACCAGCGCCUCUGACGGAGCCAAAGCGAAACAACUAGAAGCAGAAUUAAAAGAGAGCCAAGCAGCAUUGAUCCUGUGUCGUCACGAGCGUGACGAAUUGGAGAAGAAAUUCACGACAGCCAGCCAACAGCUGGACACGUGCGUGAAAGAGAGGGACAUAGCUAACGAGGCUCUCGCUCGCUCCACGGCCGAGGUAGAAGAACUAAAGAUCAGAAACCUACAAUUGGAAGAGGAAGCGGCGGAAUUAGCGGCGUUGCGAGCCCAAGCAGCUUUGGCGGACACGCUCAGUGCACAAUUACAGAGGGAGACGGAGCGCUGGUCGCGCGCAGAAGCGUCCCUAUCCGAAGCGCGCGCGUUGGCCGAGACGUGCGCGCGCAGAGAGGCCGGCGCGCUCGAGCACGCCGCGCGCCUCACCGCGCAGCACGUCGCGCUCAGCCAGGCGGCGCGCUCGCACCACGACACCGUUCAAGCGCUAACAGCGGACAACGCGUCCUUACGCGAGCGAGCGACGUCGCUAGAGCAAGAGAUUGCAGCGCUGCAAAGCGCUUUAGGCGACGCGGCCGAGCGGAGGCAUAAAGAAAACAAAGUGCUUGCUAGAAAGGUGGCGGAGUUAACCGAAGAAGUGGCAGAGGCCAACAAGAAACUGGAAUGGGAGAAGGGCGAGAUCGGUGUUCUGAAGAAGAAACACGCUAGUGCCAUAAAGGAAUUGAACCGCGAAUUGCAGCGAGCGCUCAAGCGGUGCGAGCAGUUAGAAGCCAAGUUGCCGCCACCCGACGCGCCCUCUACUAGGACCGGGUCAGUAAGUUCGCUGAGCAGCGGUGAAAGCGCUCCGCAAGAGGAUCGCUUACAAAACGGACACGCAGACGUUCCUGAUAUACAGGUCCGCGAGCCCGACCGCCAAGCGUUGAUAGAACGCAUCGUCUCCCUUCAACGGGCGGCCGCUCGUCGCGCCGAACGCUGCGAAUUCUUGGAGGAACAUGCCAAGCAGUUGACUGGGGAAUUGCGAGCCAAGGCCAAUUUGCUCAGGCAUUUACUUUGUUCCAUGCCUGCUGGGGCUGUGGCUUCGCAAGACAGAGAUGCCAACAAGGUACAUUCUAACACAUUCUUUAGAUGGAGUUAA